AUGCUUCGUUUUUUGUUUGUGCCCCUAUAUAUUGUUCAUUUUGUUUAUUUUGUCUACUACGUGCACGAGCCUUCGGCCGCUGCGAAGGAUUUGCUGCGGCCACAGGUCGCUCUCAGGCUUUAUAGCCCGAGCAAAAGAGCUCACAAAGCCAUUAACACUCAAGACGGCGUUAAGUUUUUCCCCAUCUCCAGUGAUGACUACCGAGGCAUAACUAAGUUCCUCUCUGAAAAUGGUGAGGAAUACCAUACCUUCAUGCUUAAGGAAGAGAAAACCGUCCAGGUAGUCAUCAGAGGCCUCCCCCUAGAAAUUCCCAUUUCCGAUGUUGAGCAGGACCUUAAAGACCACAAGAGUUUCAACCAAACAAUCAAACUUUCUAUAGAUAAACACGGCAGAUACUAA